AUGGCCUAUGAGGGUAUCACUACUGGAAUAUCUUCGUUUACGUGGCCGCUCUCUCAGUGUCUAUCUCCAGAGGUUAUGGAUGCAUUGAAACGUCGUGGUGGGGCUUUGUGGGAACGGAAGUGCCGUAUGUGUCUCGAUGUGCUGCAGGACUCUGUAUGUGGGGCUAGGGGCGGCAUUCUAUCUCUUAGUGUCCUCUCGGUGCCCUCUGUCCGUGCCAAAGAGCUCAGAAACGGCGAACAACUCGCACCUCAAGAUUACAGAGAGCAAUACCGUGGACGGGUAAGAUAUGAGGGUAUGGGGGGUGUUCGCUUAGGAUUCGGAUUGGCCACCUGCUUCUGCUCAAACCAUCGGGUCGGAUGGGCCAAAUGA